AUGACCUCAACUUGCUACAAGAGUGAUGUAACGAUCAUCAUUCCGUUCCGCACUGCCGUGGUGGCACGUCAGAGUCGAAACCUCAUGUUCUUUGACGACGCGUCAUCAUUCCCUACGUCCACCACAUCGUCAUUCGUACCUCCCUAUACGUAUCCAGAGUCGCCUAAUGUCUCUCCUAUGCCGUCUUCCAUCGUGGAAAUCCCGUUAUACGACACCGAGGAAGAGAGUAAAACGUUGCAUUUCUUUGUGUCUUGUAAUAAUGUAGACGGCACAUCCCUCGUAUCUUCUGCACGUUCAGCUCAGACAUUAGUACGUGGUGCUUUUAAUAUGUUUAGCAACGCUACAACAAUAAACAAUACAAAAUCACUUCAAGCCAAAUCCCCAUCCGAAGUGAACGUCGAAGUCCGCGUCUUUCGGGAAAUGCCACUUGUUGACUUUGGAACAAACAUUUCGAUACAUUCAACUUCAACUUCAACGACUAGUAAGAUACACAAGAUGACCAAUAUGGGGGAAACCGAGACAGAGAAAGGGACUGGCCAAGUAUUAGACAGUGAAACUUACUGGAGUGAACGUCAUCGAAGUCGUAAUCCUCGAUUUUCAGUGGGAUUUAGUAUCGAAUGCAAAAACAUGGCUACAUAUGAUCGACAGGUGCAGAUUAUGGUGAUGAUCCCGGACGAAGGCACGUCCUCGAACCGACAUAGCCACGUGUUUGGUUACGCAUUGACAUCAUUCCAAGAAAUGUAUACAGUGGCUACGAAUGGCAACUUUAAGCAACAGAUGAUACUGCCAGUGCAUUCUAUGGUUUUGGAUGGAGCAACGGUCGAGUUGCAGUUUGCAAAUAUUCAGCCGCAACAACAUCCAUUGUUUGUAGCACAUCACAAUUUAUUUCGAAGUUUCAUCUUCUACCCGUUAAUAAAGGAAAAACAUAUGGAGAAACAAGCUGCAAAUGCUAAAUUGGCAGUCGAAGAAGCAGCUGAAGUGGAUUUUAGUGUUAAGAUCCCGUUGCAAUUGCUACGAGUGUGUCAGUGUGAACUGCUGCAAAUGUACAAAGUUUGGAAAUGUCGUUACAAUUACAAUCGCAAGAAAAACCGCUACUUUGAUAACGACGCGGAAGCGCUUGAUUUUGGACAUGACGUCUUCCGGGUGCAAGUUGUAUGCGGACGUGAAUUAACGAUAAGAUCACGUGCUAGUGUCGCUGCAGCAGCGGCAAGUGCGAUGACUGAUACUGAAAUGAUGACAGAAUCGAAUGCACGAUCGUCACGUACUUCUUUUUCAAUAGGAAUGGCUGGAGGUCGAGAGGGAUUUGUUAAUCGGAUGAAAUCUGGAAAGUGGGGAAGGAACAGCAGAUCAUCCUCGGUUGGCAGUACUGAUCCUGAUACGGCAGACGCAGGAGGGGAAACUAUAAGCAGUGUCCAUUCUUUCGUUGUGGUUAAGUUUGAAGAUGGUGUGUAUGGAAACCAUGAGUACACCGUAGGAAAAACGAAUACUGAGUAUGACACGCCAAAUCCCGUGUGGUCAACAAAUAAGUUUGCUGCCACUAAAUGCCCACAUGGCAAGCCGAACACUAAGUACCACGUGUCGAGGACAAUGAGGAGCCGCGUGGUUGUGUCUCCGAUAAACGCGUUGAAGCAAUUUGUAUUUUAUCGAUCAAGCGUGCCUGACCAGCCACUUACAGGAUGGUUGCGUUUCCAAGUAUUCAACGAGCAUUAUGGUUACAUGAGUGGCAUAGAAAACGAUCUAAUUGGUGAAGUGAUGAUUCCGUUGCAAAGUCUUCGGGACGCAAUGGUAGUAGAAGAGGAAACGGUAUUUGACGACGACGACGGUACUAAAGACAACACAAGUGGUGAUCAUGAGGUGAAAUCACGCCAAAUCGUGACAUCGCUCACUCUAGUCGACUGGUUUGAUGUCCGCUCACCUUCAACCGAUGAGAUAUUCGGGCAGAUUCAACUUCGUAUUAAUAUUCUACUGGCAAAUCCGCUCGAGCCUCCGAACGACGACCUAUUGGCCAUGGCUCCAGAUCCGUCUUCAGCUCUUGUGAGAAGAUACAGGCGAGUUGCAGACUGCUCGCCUCCACCAGGCGAUGGUAUUAUUGAGAGCGAAAUCCCUCUGAGCUUUUUAUAUCCACAUGUACUAACUCUUCGUAAACAGGUGGCUGAGGUCACUGAUAUGAUUCGAUCUAGUGAACAUUUGGUUGAAGAGAAGAAGACUUUUAAGUCCAGUUUGCACAAGAAGCGUGCCGAUAUUCAAGGCAUUCCGACGAAUCUGCAUGUAUCAUAUUUGCGCAUAUUCCGUCACUUCGGUUCUCAGUCUGGACUGCACACACAAAUUGGUCUACAAACAGCAACUGAAGAUCUGCUCAGUUUGGAACACAGUGGUGCACAUUUUGUUUCUCGUGAUUCAUCGCCGAUACAAGAAUGCAUGAUGGGUCCAGAGACACAUGCAACUGUAACUUGCGGUGCUCCGACUGCACACGCAAUGGGGCUAAGUAAUUGCGGUUUGCGAGAAAUGGAGCUUGAGCUACAUAAAUUUGAAUCUAUUCUGGAAAAAAGUGCCCCGCAACUAAUGGUUGGCGCGGAUAGUGAGAGCAAUUUGUGUAUUCCGGAAGAUUCAUUCGACUUUUCCUACCCUCCAUUCGAAGAUGAAAGCGAGGUGGAAACCGAAGACGACGUUCGUAACAGUGACAGCGGUGUUCCUUUGGAUGAGGUGAAUCCUUUAGAUGCAUCUGGGUCGAGUGACUUAAGUAUCUCUACAGAUGCCUCUACAAUCCCUACUAAACCUGUACUAAAUAAGAAAGCCUCGAAGUAUUCGAUAAUGGCUCGUAAAGCCGCAACAGCUCGAGCGAGAGCGCUGUCAAAUAGUCGGUUUGCGAAAAGGAAGAAUUUUCGGCAGCGAAAUCAGAAGAAGAGCGACGAGAAGAGUGCUGUAUAUGCAAAAUAUCCUUCCCUCCGUACUGAGCUAGCAGAUAGUGUUGACCCAACAACAUCCAUGCAUUAUGCUGUCCAGAUUUUGUGUCGACUGGAAAUGCUGCGGGCUGAAUACUAUCUGAGAAAGAGCGUCGCUGUGUCCCAAUCUGUGAGUAGUCUUGUCACCUGCUUCAUGGCGGAGCUAGAUUUAUGCCUCCAGGAGCGGAAUGAAAAGGUGCUGGAUCAAAUGGCGAAGGCUGGUUUUUUGAUCGGAUGGGAAAGUCUCAUCUCGUCGCACGGAAAGGAAUUGUAUAUGAUUUCUGAUGCUUGGGUUGCCAUCAAAUGUUUAGAGUCGUUUUCAUUCCAGCUAUGCGAGGGGGCUGACAUGGAAGUGGUGGUUGAGAAGCAAGACGGCAUGGGUUACAUAAUUAAAGUCUCAAUCCCUUCGAUUCAGUUUUCGAUACUCCCGAAAAGGUUGAGGCUCGGUGGAUUAAUUAGCGUCACGGCAGUGUUAUUUACGCAAGGCAUUAACGAGAUGCAGAGUUUGGCGAACAUGGUGGGACAUUCGGGAGUAUCAAUUCAGCGUAAGAUUAACAGUACCAGCUUCUGCACCAUUUCGGAGUAUUACAAUCGCCUAACUGAAAUGUGUGGCAUUGGGAUGUCCGAGGUGAGUGUAGGCUCUCACCCCGACGAGAUAUUGCGUAACUUGCGCGCAAGUGUGGAGAGUGAAAACUCUGCUUCCAAAAAUACGUGCAUUUUGCUGCAUGCCGCCGACGCAGUGCGAAGUCUCAAUGGUGGCCGGGUCACAUAUUGCAAGUCCGGCAAAGAUCGAACGGCAAUGAGCACGACACUUGAACAGGCUAGGCUUUUGGUUCAACGGAAACGCCAUGUGCUGCAAGAGAUUGAAUCCGGGAGCGCUACCGAGUACGGACCGCUUGAAGAAGUAAAGGAAGUGGCCAAUUUAAUGCGUGAGUUUGGUACGCGCAUCCAUAUUGCCAAGAAGAAUGUCGGUCGCUUCAAGUACUCGUUCAACUCAUUGCAACGGAAGUUGCUACCUGAGAUAUACCGGCCGCCUAUGUCCACGAUUCAGGAUAUGGUGACGUCCGUCACGGCGCGGGAUAGUUAG